AUGGAGCCACACGCGGCGAUGCUUCUCAACCCCAAGGGUUAUAAAAAGCAGACUCAACGCAAUGGCAUCGGACAGCCAACACCCCCUCGACUUCCUCUUGACACCGCCCCCCAGAUUUCGCCCAUCGCACCUCCAGGCACGGUCCCGAUCAUGCGCUCUCAGGCGAGCCAGCCCUUGAAUGAGGACGUCACUGUCCAAUUCAUCAACACCCGCGACGGCGAAGACAGUGAUACCAAGCGCAACUACCAUGAGAUUAGUGACAACCACGACGCCAGGCCUCGGUCUCGCAAUCUCAUCGAAAAUGUCUACGAUGUCGAGCAGCGCAGACACGAGUAUCAGCCGACGAAGAAAGUGAAGUUGGAUGGCACAGUCACUCCAGUCAGCAUGACGAGCAAGCCCGUGGCCGCUGGAGAUAACGGUCUUGGACAGUGGAUGAAGGAGGGUGAAUCCAAGCCAACUUCAACCUCAAGUUCGACCCCGGCUCGUUCUGAUGUGGUGGACUUGACUGCGGAUCUUCCAAAGGCUGCUGAAGACGACGAUGUGCAGGUCACUGGAUCGAACGAUCUCAGCAACCAGCGUGUUUGCUAUGGAAAGCUGGAAAAUGCGAUGGUCAACGCACAUCUCGUGCCCAAGCCCCGCGCGAAUGCUGUGCUUGGACUGGAGUCGUUGCAGUGGUCUUCGAUGAAGCUGGACUUGGUCCGGGAGGCACGCAAAGGCGAUCAUCGUAUCGAUGUCAAAGACCCAUUUGGCAAGUUAUUCGCCACCCUCGAUGCAAAAACGGCUAUAGCGCUGUGCCCUUUGCUGGACACACCGGGGUUGGGGAUCGAUGUCACCGCCCGAUUGGACAUGCGCAGGAAGGCUGCCGGCGAAGAAGUCUGGCAGCCGACCCAUGGACUAUACAGAGCGUCAAUUACCAUCUACGGGCCACGGAAGCAUGUGGAGAUGAUCGGGAAGUUCCUGGGCCAACGCAAUGUCUGGCUGGGUACCCCGGUGUUUGUGGAAAAUGGAGUACCCGUUUUCAACCCGCAUGCCGAACAAAGACGGGCAAUGGUGGCAGCAGCAGCCGCCGCAAAUAACGGAAAUCGCCAAGUGCCCAACAUACGAUACGAAAUCCGGACGACCGAGGAGGUGGCCGAUUCUGUAAUGAAAAUGUUUGACAAACUUGUCAGCAUGGAUAUUCCCAAGCUGGAACCGCCCGCUACAGUCACCACACCUCUUCUGGACCACCAGAAGCAAGCACUCUGGUUUAUGAAGGAAAAGGAAGCUCCGCGCAAGUAUGGUGACAAGGAAGAGGACCAUAACUCUCUGUGGCGCAAGGUUCUUCAAAAUGGCCACACCAAGUACCGGGACAUUAUCAGCGGGGUCAUCUGUGACGAUGAGCCGGAGGAGACUUACGGUGGCCUCUUGGCUGAUGUGAUGGGCCUCGGAAAGACUUUGAGUAUCCUUUCGUUGGUAUUGUCUACGCUUGAAGAGGCCACCGAUUGGUCUCGAAAGAUGCCCGAUCGCCAACUCGUUCGCUGCAUUCCAGGUGUUCGCAAUACGAGGACUACACUUCUGGUUGUGCCGCUUUCCACCAUUGCAAACUGGGUUUCCCAAAUCAACGAGCAUAUACAACCGGGCUCGUUGAAAUAUUACGUUUUUCAUGGCGCUUCACGGAACACCGACCUGGAGGAGCUCUCCAAAUUGGAUCUGCUGAUAACAACUUAUCCGACUAUUCACAGUGAGAUCCUCGGCAGAGGUGCCAAGCGCGGCAGUCCUUUGGCAAAAAUGAACAUGUUCCGCAUUGUUCUGGAUGAGGCUCACAAUAUUCGAGAGCUGGGGAAUCAACAGACUAAGGCGAUAAUGAGCCUCAAUUCCCAGCGUCGGUGGUCCGUCACAGGCACGCCAAUUCAGAAUCGCCUGGAAGAUCUACUCUCGGUCACAAAGUUCCUGCGGCUGUUUCCCUACGACGAUCGGGCUAGAUUUUCGCAGCAUGUCAUCAGUCCCAUGAAAACCGGAAAUGCCAAUGCACUUGCGAGUCUGAGAGUCUUGAUUGACUCGUUUACUCUGCGCCGUGUCAAGAAGAUGCUUGAUUUACCGGAGCGGACGGAGAAGAUCGUCACCUUGGAGUUCAAUGAGAAGGAAGCACAGUUGCACGAGUUCUUCCGGAAUGAGUCCAACGCUAUGAUGGGUGUUAUUGCCAAGGAGAGCAGGAAGACCAUUAGCGGCCGCAUGUACCACGUUGUACUGAAGGCGAUGAUGAUUCUCCGCCAAGUCAGUGCUCAUGGAAAGGAGCUUUUGGACGUCGAAGAUCGAGAGAGAACCAAGGGAUUGAGCGUACAGGAUGCCAUCGACCUGGAGGACAGUGAACCAGAUGAGACCCAGGAUGCUUUUGACAAAAAGGCCCUUCGUCACGUUGAUCUAAUGGUCCAGUCGGGAGACACUUGCAAAAUCUGCGAUAAACUCAUUGAGGCGCCAAUGACGGAGACUGGGGCUCAAGACAAGAAUGCCCCGAUGGCUAUCUACUUGCCUUGCCUAUGUGUCCUUUGCCCGGAGUGUUUCUCGUCCUGGAAAGCCGUGUUUGACUCGAAGCCGGACACCGAGAUCCAGUGCCAAGUCUGUAGUGGCUGGACCCGGCUACAGUACUCCACGGUCACUGCUGCUGGUCUUGACAGAUUGCAGAUCCAGCAAAAGGAGUCGCGCAAGAAUGGUAAGAUUCUGGGCGAGUAUGAGGGUCCGCAUACGAAGACUCUCGCGCUUAUCCAGAAUCUGCAAUCGAUCGCUGCGGAAAGCAAGACGCUGGUUGGUGAAGCACCUAUCAAAGCCGUAGUCUUCUCGUUGUGGACCUCGCAUUUGGACUUGAUCGAGAUUGCCUUGAAGCAGAAUGGUCUGGAUUGCUUUACUCGCCUUGACGGUACCAUGAGUUUGAAGGCUCGCAGUAAGGCGCUCGAUGCCUUUGCCAAGGACAACUCUGUCACUAUCUUACUGGCUACCAUUGGUGCCGGUGGUGUCGGGCUGAACCUGACGUCCGCGUCGCGUGUCUUCGUUAUGGAACCACACUACAAUCCAGCGGCGGUUGCCCAGGCCGUAGAUCGCGUGCACCGCUUGGGUCAGCAUCGGGAGGUCGUGAUCAUGCAAUUCAUAAUGAAGAAUAGCAUUGAAGAAAAGAUCCUCGAGCUGGCCCGGAAGAAGCAAAAGCUCGCCGACAUGAGCAUGAACCGCGGCAAGCUUGACAAGGGCGAGGCUCAAGAACAGCGCAUGCGGGAAUACCGCAGCCUGUUCAAGUGA